AUGGCGGAGGGUGGUCACGAAUUAGCAGAUAAAUCACAGUUCACAGAAUGUUGGCGAAGAACAACGCAAUCGCCUUAUCUCAUGCGUCUUGCUUUAUCUGCUGGUAUUGGAGGUCUUCUUUUCGGUUACGACACAGGUGUCAUUUCUGGCGCUUUGUUAUACAUCCGUGAGGAUUUUGAACAAGUUGACAAGAAAACAUGGCUCCAGGAAACCAUUGUUAGUACUGCUGUUGCAGGAGCUAUAUUUGGUGCUGCAUUUGGAGGAUGGAUGAAUGACAAGCUGGGGAGGAAGAAAACUAUUUUACUGGCUGAUGUGGUGUUCACUUUAGGUGCAUUAGUUAUGGCUGUUGCUCCUGCUCCUUGGGCCAUCAUUGUUGGAAGAGUUUUCGUUGGUUUGGGUGUUGGUGUGGCAUCCAUGACUUCUCCUCUAUAUAUCUCUGAAGCUUCCCCUGCUAAGAUUAGAGGAGCAUUAGUAUGUAUAAAUGGUUUACUUAUAACAGGUGGCCAGUUCCUAUCUUACCUCAUCAAUUUGGCAUUUACCAAGGCACCUGGAACGUGGCGUUGGAUGCUUGGGGUGGCAGCAAUUCCCGCUAUAGUACAAUUUGUAUUAAUGUUGUCUCUCCCUGAGUCACCUAGAUGGCUCUACAGACAGAGCAAAGAAGAGGAAGCAAAGCAUAUCCUGUCAAAAAUCUAUCGCCCUGAUGAAGUUGAAGAGGAGAUGAGAGCCAUGAAAGAAUCCAUUGAAUUUGAGAAGGCAGAAGAAGGCUUAAUUGGUCAAAGUCUUGCACAAAAACUAAAGGGUGCCUGGUCUAAUGACGUAGUUCGAAGAGGACUCUAUGCAGGCAUCACUGUUCAAGUCGUUCAGCAAUUUGUCGGUAUUAAUACAGUUAUGUAUUACAGUCCAACCAUAGUUCAAUUUGCUGGAAUUGCCUCCAACUCCACAGCACUUGCACUUUCCCUGGUUACUUCUGGUUUGAAUGCUGUUGGCACUAUAUUAAGCAUGCUUUGCAUUGAUAGAUUUGGGAGGAGAAAGUUGAUGCUCAUCUCUUUGAUUGGCAUUUUUGUUUCCCUCGUAAUAUUAAGUGGAACAUUCUACCAGGCAGCUCACCAUGCCCCUGCAAUCAGUAAACAUGAUUCCCUUAGCUUUGGUGGGAACUCUACAUGUCCAGCUUACACAACGGCUCCAAAUUUAUCGUCGUGGAAUUGUAUGCAAUGUUUGCAAAAAGAUUGUGCCUUUUGUGCUAACAGCCAAAGUGAAUUUCUUCCAGGAGCAUGCUUGGCAGGAGAAAAGGGUAUCAGAAGCAUGUGUCGCGAACAAAAACGUGUAUGGUUUUCUGAGGGUUGUCCAAGCAGAAUUGGAAUCCUUUCAGUUGUAAUCCUUGGACUCUACAUAAUAGCAUACGCUCCUGGAAUCGGAACAGUGCCUUGGGUUCUAAACUCUGAGAUUUAUCCAUUGAGAUUCAGAGGACUAGGUGGAGGUAUAGCAGCAGUUUUCAACUGGUGUGCUAAUCUAAUUGUUAGUGAAUCCUUCUUAAGUAUGAUAAAUACUCUAGGAACUUCUGGCACAUUCCUCCUCUUUGCAGGGUUCUCCUUGAUUGGCUUUGUAGCCAUUUAUACGUUAGUGCCUGAAACCAAAGGCCUUCAGUUUGAGGAGGUUGAGAAAUUGCUUCAGAAAGGCUUUAGACCUUUCCCAUUUGACAGGAAAAAGGAUGAUAACAAAGGAAAGGAUCAAGUGUAAAACUUAGCUUGAUUAAUUAAAUUAAGCCUUUUUGUUCUAGACAUAAAAUGGGCAUGGUCUUGCUAUUUUAUGGCAAAAUUAGUGAAAAACUUAUUGUAUGUUUGGAUUAAUUUUGUAGAAAUAUAUUAUAAUAAAUUCCAAUCAUGUAAAAAUGGUUUCAGUUUUCAAAAGAGCUAAUUAUUAUAAAA